UCGUGUUACAUCUGCCGAGAGGAAAAGGGACCCGACAGGGGUGGUGCUACGGGGCCAGAUAACAAUCCUCGCCUCUUCCACAGAUUACGUCUCCGAAAUGAAUGUCGCUUUUAAGAAAUCAGGAAACCAGAGAAACAGCCCGUAUGGUACCAGAAAAAAAAUAAAAAUAGAUCACAUUUGAGCCGUUUUCUUACAAGUGCAGGUCCCCCCCAACCAUAGGGUUCCUCUCUGAGCACUGCCAGCGAACUGUCAGAGCUCCCUUCACAAGGGUAAAUCGGAAAGUGCAGCAAGCAACACAGUCUUUUUCUGUCCAACGGCCCUAGACCAAUGAGUACUGCACGUGAAAUGUUUUUGUUUUUUUACGGUUUAGGAAAGGAUGUCCUUCUUGAAUUAUGAGGCGUAUUUGCAUCGGCAAUCUUAUUGGGCGGUGGAUGGGUUUGACGCGUAAUGUCAGCUGUACCGCUGGGAAGGUUAAGGUAGAGAGACUGUAAAAAGGCAGUAGAGAUGAGCAGCAUCUGAGCACAUAUACACUGCUUUCGGACGAAAUUCUCUUCGUGUUUUGGCCCGUUUGCGGAGUUGAAUGAAUACGACGCAGCCUUUCAACAUCGGUGGAUGGACGCUUACGACCAUCUGAAGGGACGCAAACCAUGAACUACGUAGGGCAGCUGGCGGGCCAGAUGUUUGUGCAGGUGAAGGAGCUGUACAGAGGACUAAACCCUGCCACCCUGUCAGGAUGCAUCGAUGUCAUCGUGGUGCGGCAGCCAGAUGGAAGCCUGCAGUGUUCUCCUUUCCACGUGCGCUUCGGGAAAAUGGGGGUGCUGCGGUCAAGGGAGAAAUUGGUGGACAUAGAAAUAAAUGGGGAACCUGUGAGUUUACACAUGAAACUUGGAGAAAAUGGGGAAGCCUUCUUUGUGAAAGAGACAGAGAAUGAUAAGGAAGUGGUACCCUCAUACCUGGCUACCUCUCCUAUCUUGUCGGACGGAGCUGCGCUGAUGGAAGCACAGCUGGGAAGUGUCUCAGCCAGGGGUUCGGAACUGGGAUGUCCCGGUCAGACUGGGACCUCCUCCACAGCCGCUCAGUCUGGAGCCGAAAACCCAAACUGCUCUGUGAAGAAAAGACGGAAAAGACGUCGAAAGUCCCGGGUGGACAGUGUCAAGAGAGAGGACAGUGGAGAUUAUUCUGAAGAUGAAGAUAUGUUCCCUAUUGACAUGAGCUCCGAUGAUGAGACUGAGCUGGCUGACAGCACCAGGAUGGCAUCACGUGAAAUCUACAGUGAUGAGGUACCGAUGGGAAAGCCCAUUGGCAACAACUUGAAGCAAAGCAUUAUGUACGCGUGUUCAGAUGGAGAAUGGUCACCUGUUCAAAGCCCGACGAUAGGGCACAAAGGCCUGUUCUACACUCUACCAAUCCCUGCAAGCAGUGGCUUGUCUGUCUCUUGCCCACAGCAAUCUUCUCUCUUCCAGCCUUCAGACAGCCCAGGAGGAUCAAGGCCUUCAACACCGAAGAGCGACUCUGAGCUGGUCACUAAAGUCUCUGACAAAGCUAAGCAGGACAACCCACAAAUGCUGUGGGCCUGGGGGGAGCUACCACAGGCUGCAAAGCCUUCAUUUCUGUCGCAGUCUGAGCAGUCCGUUCUGGUAAACAUCCCAGUUUCGGAAAGCACCCAUUUCAGGGUGAUUUCUGGCGACUCCCCCACCGAGGCUCACGAAGACUGCCCCCCCUCACCUCUCCCGCUGGAGGCAGCCGCCUCCGAGAGCGAGGCUGCGGCCGAGGCGGAGAUGGAGGCCGGCGUCAGGCCGGCAGGGGAAACUCCCCGGCCGCUGGCCGAGAGCGAGGAGCCCUACCCCCCCGCAGGGCAGCCCCGGCCAGCCAGUAAAACCGACUCCCCCUCCAAGAGGAAAGAUAAGAGAAGUCGGCAUCUCGGAGCUGACGGUGUUUACUUGGAUGACAUUACAGAGUUGGAACCUGAAGUGGCAGCUCUGUACUUCCCCAAGAGCGAUGCCAGUGGGCCUGGUAGGAGCAGCUCAGAGAAUGGAGCCAGAUCUGCCAACCAGUCCCCACAGUCUGUGGGCAGUUCAGGGAUGGAUAGCGGAGUGGACAGCUUCUCUGAUCAAAUAGGCGAUCUGCCCUCCAUUGCCAUCUCCCUCUGUGGAGGGCUGACUGAUAACAAGGAGAUAACAAAGGAACAAUUUCAAGAAAAAGAAGUAUCUUACCAACAGUUUGCUGACAAUCCAGCUAUCAUUGAUGAUCCACACCUCGUAGUGAAGAUUGGAAACAAGUAUUACAACUGGACUACAGCGGCUCCAAUUAUGCUGGCAAUGCAGGCUUUCCAGAAACCACUGCCGAAGACUGCUGUGGAGAACAUCAUGAAGGAAAAGAUGCCAAAGAAAGGUGGAAGGUGGUGGUUCUCUUGGCGUGGGAGGAACAGCAGUGUCAAAGUGGAAUCCAAUUCAGAACAAGGAGCAAAUCUGAAAGGAGAAGAGGCUGGAAAAAUGGCUUCUGUCAGCAGGCUGAAGGAUGAAUCCUCUUCUAGUGAUGAGGACCACAGGACAGCUGAACAGAGCUCUGCUGCUACACAGCAGGAUUCUGUAUCGCUGUCAUCCACGGGGGUUUCAUACAAGAAGACUCUCAGGCUCACAUCUGAACAGCUGGUCAGCCUCCAGCUGAAAGAUGGACCCAAUGAUGUUGUCUUCAGUGUGACUACACAGUACCAGGGCACUUGUCGCUGUGAGGGAACCAUAUACCUGUGGAGCUGGAAUGAUAAAAUAGUCAUCUCUGACAUUGAUGGCACCAUCACAAGGUCUGACACCCUGGGUCAUAUUUUACCCACCCUUGGCAAAGACUGGACUCAUCAAGGCAUUGCCAGGCUGUACCAUAAAGUCAGCCAAAAUGGCUAUAAAUUCCUGUAUUGCUCAGCCCGAGCAAUUGGAAUGGCGGGCAUGACAAGGGGCUAUCUGCACUGGGUGAAUGAGAGGGGCACCAUGCUGCCUCAGGGCCCUGUACUGUUGAGUCCAAGCAGCUUGUUCUCAGCUUUGCACAGGGAAGUGAUUGAAAAGAAGCCAGAGAAGUUCAAAAUAGAGUGUCUCACAGACAUAAAAAACUUGUUUUAUCCGAACACUCAGCCAUUUUAUGCCGCUUUUGGGAACAGAGCAACGGAUGUAUACUCCUAUAAGGAAGUGGGAGUUCCUCUAAACAGAAUCUUUACAGUCAAUCCCAAAGGUGAACUAAUACAAGAGCAUGCAAAGACCAACAUCUCAUCAUACGUGAGGCUGUGUGAGGUGGUGGACCAUGUUUUUCCACUGAUGACACGGAAAGAUUCCUCGGAUUUCCCCUGUUCCGACACUUUCAGCCAUUUCAAUUACUGGAGGGAGCAGCUGCCUACUGUGGAGAACCAGGACAUCCAGCUAGAAUCAAGCUGAGCAGGAAAAUAACAAGCAGGCAUGGAGAUCUGCUUUCUAGGUCAAAUUGUAUUUCUAUACCUCUAUUCAUGGCAAAAGAGCACUUUUCAAAUAGAUUUUGAAGUAUAUAGAGUACCUUCAAUUUCAUUUUGAAUGCAUUUUAACAUCUAUUGAAGAUGCUUUUAACAUCUAAAAGUUAGACAGCCUUCUGUACAGUUUCACCAAGGGUUGCACUGCAUAAAAAAAAAAAGUUUUGAUUUGAAAAGUUUAAGCGUGUUUCGAUUCAAAAGCAGUCAGAAAUCUGUUCUAUAAUCAUUAUUGCACUGUAACUCAUUAAGUGCGAUUUAAGCACUGUUGGAGGAUGCUGGCAGGACAGACCCCUUUGUGUUUAAGUCUGUGCCAAAUGUUCAAUUCUGAGAGCGAGAUGUACAGAGCUGCCUUCUUUCGUUUCAGUUACUGAUUAUUGAUUUGAGACUCUGUAAAUCUGAUUUUCUGUUACUUUAUCAGAGAAAGAUAAGCAUGGCUGUGUAGUUAUAAUGUAACCAAUGCACUUGUAGCAAUGGCAAUGUAAAAAUAAUACACUAACACAAUACUUUGUAAGACAGAUUUAAUAUCUUUUACAUAAUUUUACAUCUACGUUCACAUUGAUUUUUAGAAAAUCAAAUUCUGUGAGGAUUAAGUAAAUCUUCCUUAUAUACUGUAUGCAUCAUCAUACACAGAUGAGGCGUUACACUCUUUUCAUUGAAUUUUGAGUAGGCGCUGCUUUUGAGUGAUGCUGUAGAUGAAAUUAGUUCACUCAUAAAUGUUGAGUGCUUUGGGCUCCUUCUGGGUGAAAAGCAUUUUAUAAAUAAAAGCAGUUAUUAUUAAGGGGCAGGCUUUAGAAACUAGUUAUAAAUGCAUGAGACAAAAAGUCUUUCUGCUAAGCAUAUGAAAAAAUAGCUUUAAAGUCAAUGUGAAGGAGUGGAUGCUGGAGCACAGUGUACAGUAGAUGAAUGACAAGGCAUAAUCUAGUACUACAUACAGUAUGAGUAAGAAAUAAUACCAUGUCAGUCAGAAAAACUAGAUACAUUUUCGUGCCUUUGUAGUUAUUCCCACAAAGAUCAACAUUUUUCUCAUAAGCAUUUUGGAAGGGAACAUCUUUCUGAAACCCUUACAUGUUAGUGUUUUUUACAGCUGUUCAUAUAUUUCCUAUUAAUACUUCUUUUGACUGUAUCUAUCUCUACUUAAGAUAAUUGUUUUAUUUUAAUAAUGUGUGCAGGCUGUCUGUUAUACUACAACAGAGUUGUGUAAAAUGCAUCUGAUUAUUGAAUGCUCUUUCAGUUCAGCUUUAAUGUUGAUAUGACAAUUAGUAAGUAAAUGAGUAUAGGAUGGUCAAGUAUUGGCUAAAAUGUUAUUUUCCUGCCAUUAUAAUCCUAUUUGAAUAUUAACAAUCUCAAAAUAACAAACUCAGGGGUGCUUCUUAUUUUCCAUGAGUAAAAUUCAGGGUUCCAAUUGCAAUAGAUUCUCUAAUGUAACAACUUUAAAAAGGAUAUAGGACUGAAAUGGCAUAAGACCGAGUCGCCCUGUUGUGAUUUUGAUUUGUAUUACUAAGCACAGUGAAAUUGAAUGCAGUUGUAUAAUUCCUAUUAUAAAUAACACUGGGUUUGUGUGCUACAGCCAUCUUACAAGGUAAUGAAAUAGUCUUAUUUACAGAGAGUGUACAAUGAAAAAGAAUUACAACAUUUGUGGAUGUUCCCUGCACUGUAUAAAUGGGGGAAUAUAUGCUAAAUUAAGGUAAAAACACCGUUAAUGUCUCCCAGGUAUCUACAGUAUAUCACAGUGUCAUAUAGAUUCAUACUUGAAACCUUCUAUAAUAUGGAAAGACUAAAUAUUUUGUUACAUAUUUUAUGUGUUUUAAAUGUAGUUUGCAUAUUUAAUAGAGACUAUAAAUUGUUACUGCUUUUUAAUGCAAAUUGGAUCCACCAUACAUUAUACAUAGAUUACAUACUGUACAUAUAUUCAGUGUCGAAAUUUCCCUCCGUUUCAAACUGUAUGCAUUAUUGGAAACCAUCUUUUUACACAGUAGUUUUUAAAUAAUAUUUUCCAGUCCUCAGAAAAUAAGGGGAUCUAAUAAUAAAGGGGGUUCCCGAACUUACUGUAGAUUUUAAGCAAAUAUACAUUACAAAUAGUACACAAUAUUGUGCCUGUUGACAUUGUAGCAGGGUGUCAUGAUGGCACAGUGGUUAGCAUUGCUGGCUUGCUGCCAUGGAGCCCUGGGUUCAUUUCCUGGGGUGCUAUCAGCAUGGAGAUAGUAUGUUGGGGAUAGUAUAACCAGGUGUGCAGGUUUCCUCCCACAGUCCAAAGAAAUGUUGGAAGGUUAAUUGCCUUCUUAAAACACCCCUGGUGUGCAUGUGCCCUCGGCGAUGGACUGGUGUCUCGUCCAGCGUGUUCGGCCUUUUGCUGCUUUUGUUGCUUGCCUACACAGACUCUGGCUACCCCUCAACUCUGUAUUAUAUACAGUGGUUUGAAAAUGGAUGAAUGGAUGUAAUAGUAUAGCUGAAGUAAUAUUAAAGAGGCAUUUUCCACUGAGUCCGUAUAGUAACAGCACAAUAUGCUGUGUAUUGUGGUUACUUCAAGGUGUUCUUCAGCAACUUACAGAACAGAAAACAACAAGGUGCAUGUGACCUCCACUUGCAUCCAGCUGGGCAAUGCCCAGUUUUUUUUUUUAUAUGGCAUGUUCAACAUGUAGACUUCUACAAUUUUAAAAAUGAAUGUGGUAUAGGAGGACAUUUAUCUCCCCUCGGUGUAUAAAAGAGAUUUAUUUUGUAAAAUUAAGAUGUAAUUUAUCUUACUGUUCAUAUGUACAUGUUCAAUUGGGGUUGAAGGGUGUAAUCUUGUGAAUAUCAUGUGAAGUUAUAUAAUAUAGGUAAUCUUAUCCUGAUUUUAUCACAUUGAUACCUGACCACUAUUCAUUGCAGACAUAGUUUUGCAAUGUAAAACUUCAGACUAAAAUUCUUUCAACAGUAUUGUAGUUAUGUUUUGUGAUACAAAUACACAUUAUAAAUGAAAUACUUAUUUUUCAAGCCUCUCUAGUCCAUAGAGAGAAGUGUGGAACUCCUUACCACCUUUAAGCUCGGGUAUAAGUUCAAGAUCUCAAAUAUGGCUGUCUCAAUGUCAGAACGUUGAGAUUAUGCAAUCUAAAUAAUGUAAGCCAGAUUUUUAAAAUUUGUAUAUCGAUUUGUUUGCUAGUACUAUGUUAAUGUAUUAAGAUAUUUUUCUGAUGUAGUACAUAGUUUGACAUUUUUACAAAUAUUGGUUAUCUUGCAUAAAAACAUCAUCUUAAUAAUAAUAAACAUUUCCUAUGUCUACCCACCCACAAAAAAUUUAAACAUCUUCCAACUGCAUCCACUGGUAACAAUAGUAAAAAUGGAAAGAAAUGUUGCAUAAGCUCAGCAUCAAAAAUGGGCACAUGUACUUAACGACAUUACAUCUGCUGUGAACAUGGCAUUGUGUACUGGUUCUUAUUCAAUUGUUACGUAUAUAGUUGUUAUUCAUUAUUUAGUGUGCCUGUUAUUUAAAAAGAAUGUAGUCCCCGAAUUUUAUUGGAUACAUUUCAGAAAAAUCCAAAAUCCAGAUUUCCUUUGGUCGCAGUUUGGGUUAGAGAUCCUGUAUUGUACACUGAGCAGUUAGUUCAUAGUAACACCACAAUUUGUAAUGAUUUCACUUGAUGUUCUGCGUUGUUCUAUUGAUUGUGCAGACCAGUUAGAAUGAAAAAUAUUCUUUCCAUGAAAGAUCUAUGUAAUGUGCUUUAUAUUGCCUUACUCAUGGCUGUCAAUAUACAUGAUUUUGUUUUUUGAGAUGUACAGUACAGACUGGACAUCUAUUAUGUCGAAUGUGCUGAGAUCAAUGGCAUUUAUAUCUUGCUGUAAUAAAUGUAACUUCAAUAAAUGCCAAGACGAAUUA